AUGCGUGAAGUCAUCUCUGUCCACGUCGGUCAAGCCGGUGUCCAGAUCGGUAACGCCUGCUGGGAGCUCUACACCGUCGAGCACGGUCUCAGCCCCGACGGUCGCGUCCAGGACACUGGUCGCAACGACGUCGGCCACAGCACCUUCUUCUCCGAGACGGGCUCCGGCAAGUAUGUGCCCCGCAGCCUUUAUGUCGACCUGGAGCCCGGUGCGAUCGAUGAGGUCAAGACGGGUCCCUUCCGCUCGCUCUUCCACCCCGAGACGAUGAUCACCGGCAAGGAGGACGCGGCGAACAACUAUGCCCGUGGUCACUACACCGUCGGCAAGGAGCUCAUCGACCCGACGAUGGACAAGAUCCGCCGUCUUGCGGACAACUGCUCCGGUCUCCAGGGCUUCUUUGUCUUCCACUCGUUCGGUGGUGGCACUGGUUCGGGUUUCGGCGCUCUCCUUCUCGAGCGUCUCUCCACCGACUACGGCAAAAAGUCCAAGCUCGAGUUCUGCGUGUACCCCGCACCGCAGCUCAGCUCAUCCGUCGUCGAGCCCUACAACUCGGUCCUCACCACGCACACGACCCUUGAACACUCUGACUGCUCCUUCAUGGUCGACAACGAGGCGAUUUACGACAUCUGCAAGAACCGCCUCAACGUCGCCCAGCCGUCGCUCACGAACCUUAACCGCCUCAUCGCGCAGGUCGUGUCUUCGGUCACUGCAUCGCUCCGCUUCGACGGCUCCCUCAACGUCGACCUCAACGAGUUCCAGACGAACCUUGUGCCUUUCCCCCGCAUCCACUUCCCGCUCGCUUCGUAUGCCCCGCUGCUCUCUGCGGACAAGGCUGGCCACGAGCAGAACUCGGUUGCAGAGAUGACCUUCUCCUGCUUCGAACCCGGUAACCAGAUGGUCAAGUGCGACCCCCGUGAGGGCAAGUACAUGGCCGUCUGCCUGCUUUACCGAGGCGAUGUCGUCCCCAAGGACACUUCGGCUGCCGUGGCGAGCGUGAAGACGAAGCGCACCAUCCAGUUCGUCGACUGGUGUCCGACCGGCUUCAAGCUGGGUAUCUGCAACGAACCUAGCGCGAUGGUUCCCGGCGGUGACCUUGCCAAGACGAGCCGCAGCCUGUGCAUGUUGUCGAACACGACCGCCAUCGGCACCGCGUGGCACCGCCUCGACUACAAGUUCGACUUGAUGUACUCGAAACGUGCGUUCGUGCACUGGUACGUUGGUGAGGGUAUGGAGGAGGGCGAGUUCUCCGAGGCGCGCGAGGAUCUGGCUGCCCUGGAGCGCGACUACGAGGAGGUCGGCACCGACAGCGCCGAAGCUGAGGAGGAGGGCGAGUACUGA